GUUCGGUUUGAUCCUCCGCUGAACUCCGGUUGUGGUUCGGAACUUCGGGCGGCAUCGAUCCGCUUCCAGAGUUCUUUGCAUCGAACCGACUCCGGUCCCUGGUUCGGUUCGGUUCAGUCAGAGUUAUUUUCCAUCAUCAUUGACCCAGAGCGGAGCAGCCGGCGGACAAGGUCCAUGCCGGACCCGAACCUGGAGCCGAUCCGGGAUUCAGGUUCUGAGGCUGAUCCGGAACCAGCCUGUGGGACCGCAGCGCUCUGAGGAGGAUGAAUCUCCUCUGCUCACGGCCCCGCCUCCGUUGGUGUCCGCUUCUCCUGGGAGUCGGGUCGCUGCUGCUUCUGCUCCUCCUGCAACAUCUCACCGACUCCGUGCAGCAACAGAACCCAGGUGUUCCUGUCCCGGAAGUUCCUACUCGGCCUGAACGGAAGGUUCCGUCCUGGCAAACUGAAGACAUCCCAGCUGGACGUUUCCCCGGCUUCCCGCCUGUCCUCCAUCUUUGUUCUGACCCGUUGCUGGGCAAGAAGCAGCCCAUAAUUAAGCGCCACAGGAAGCUGCUUUUGAAGAGCGCCCCCUAUGUAGGUUCUGCGGAGCUGAGGACGCAGCGGUCUCGGCGCCGCCAGCUGAACGAUGUCUGCUCCAAGUAUCAGAAGGUCCGCUGGAAGCGGCAGGUCAGGGUGCAGCAGGUGUCUCGGCUUUACGUGGAGGACCGGUUCCGGUUGCUGUACUGUGAGGUGCCAAAAGCUGGCUGCUCCAACUGGAAACGGGUCCUGAUGGUUUUGGCAGGCAGAGCCCGGUCCACUCAGGAUAUUCCUCACAAUGCAGUUCAUUACAGCAACCAGCUGCGACGGCUGGACAGCUACGAUCGGGCCGGUAUCGCCGAGAGACUCCGAACCUACACCAAGGUUCUGUUCGUCAGGGAGCCCUUCGAGCGGCUCGUCUCGGCCUUCCGGGACAAGUUUGAAAGUCCAAACUCCUACUAUCAUCCUGUGUUCGGACGGGCCAUAAUUUCCAGAUACCGGGCCAACGCCACAAGCUCAGCUCUGAAAACUGGCUCUGGCGUCACUUUCAGGGAGUUCGUUCAGUACCUGCUGGACGCGCAGCGACCCGUUGGGAUGGACAUCCACUGGGAGCGGGUCAGCCAGCUCUGCAGCCCAUGUCUGAUCCCGUACGACUUCAUUGGGAAGAUAGAGACCCUGCAGGAGGACGCCGACUUCCUCCUGCAUGGCAUCGGCGCUCCGGAAAACCUCACCUUCCCGGACUUCAAGGAUAGAAACCCGUGGGUGAAGCGGACCUCAUCCAGAAUCACGCAGGAUUAUUUCUCCCAGCUAAACCACACAGAGAGGCAGAAGGUGUUUGAGUUUUAUUACAGGGACUACCUGAUGUUCAGCUACCCCAAACCGUUCUCCGACCUGCACUAAUACACCGUAAAGCGACAGUAUCAUGUAAAAUUGACUUUUAUAAAGAUUUACAUCAUG